AUGGCGAUGUUCCUUGAGUUCUUUGUUCCAAGGUACCUUGGAAAACUAGCAGAGUUCGUCGAGGGAGAGGCAUGCAAGGUGCUUGGUGCAAAGAAGGAGAUCAACAAGUUUCAGAGUCGGUUGGCGACGAUCCAACUUUAUCUCAAGGAUGCAGAGAAGAAGAGGCAUGAAGAUGCAACCGUCAAAAGUUGGGUGAUGCGUAUGAAGGACGUCAUGUACGACGCUGAUGACGUGAUUGAUCUGUGCAUGUUCGAAGGUGGAAAAUUAUUGGAGGCUCGGACAUCAGCUUCUUCUUUAGGUGUAUGCUUGCCUUUUCAUUUGCUUUCUUCUUGCUUUACAUGUAUCAGAUAUCGUCAUCAAGUAAGCAGUAGAAUCAAAGAACUUAAUGACAGGUUUAGACAAAUUGCAGAGGAUAGUUCGAUAGUAGCUACUCUAGUGAAGUCAGACCAAGGUUCCUCUUCCCAAUCCCAAGAUAACAUGCUAAGGUCUCGCGAGACACAUUCGCUGGAGGUUAAGUCGGACAUUGUAGGAACACAAAUCGAAGAUGCAACCCAAAAUAUAAUUAAUAAGAUAAUGCAGAAUGACAAAUCUAAGUGUCAGAUCUUUGGAAUCGUUGGGAUGGGUGGGAUCGGGAAGACCACACUAGCACGUAAGAUAUUCAACGAUGAAAGGAUCAAAAACAAGUUUCCAAAACGGAUAUGGUUGUAUGUUUCUAAGAAUUAUGCAGAGAUUGAUUUACUAAACAAGAUUAUUAGGAGUGCCGGAGGAAAUGUUAUAGGAGGUGAAAGCACAGAACAACUCGUAGAACAACUUGUGUCUCUCGUUUCACAAGAUUUCUUUGUGGUAUUGGAUGAUGUAUGGGGCACAGAUGUAUGGGAGAAAUUACUCAGGGAUCCUAUGAUGAGUGGAGUAGCUAGCAGUAGGAUCGUAGUUACUAGUAGAUACGAAGACGUGGUCAAAAGAAUAGGAAGUAGACAUAUCCACCAUGUCGACAGAAUGGAUACCGAGAGUGGCUGGGCAUUGCUCUGUAAAAUAGUUUUUCGAGAAGAGGAGGAUCCUGAGAUUGGGAGGUUAAAAGAAAUAGGAAAGAAAAUUGUCGAAAAAUGUGAUGGGCUUCCCCUUGCCAUCAAGGCCGUGGGAGGAGUUUUAAGAUCCAAGGAAACAAGUCAGGCAGAGUGGAAGAAAGUUGUUGAAAGUGAUUGGUGGCAUAUGAAACAGAUGGAAGAAGAAGUACCGAGGGCCUUAUACUUAAGCUACGAGGAUUUACCAUAUCAUCUCAAACCCUGUUUUCUUUAUUGUGCUCUUUACCCCUCAGAUAAUUCCCGACUACUUGCUCUACUUUGGGUGGCCGAAGGCUUUAUAGCUGAACAAGGAGAGAGGUUAAUAGAAGAUAUAGCUCUUGACUGCUAUAGGGAGCUAAUUCAGAGGAAUCUUUUGCAACCAGAUCCUUAUUCUGUGGACCAGGAUAUCUUCGUCAUGCAUGAUCUUCUGCGAUCUCUUGGUAAAAGUUUGGUAGAAGGAGAAAGCAUUUGCAUGAUAGAUGACAAAACGUCGAAAAUGAAUUCCUCGAUGAUGAAGAUUCGCCGUUUGUCAAUGUCAACUACGAGGGAAAUAUUAACACUCCCCGGUGAAGUCAUGAAACAGAGUGAUCGUUUGAGAACGUUGAUUCUCUUCGACAGCCACCAAACAAAGACCGUCGAGGAUGAUGUGCUCAAAAGAUUAAGACAUCUACGAGUCCUGGACUUGGCCUACACAUCCAUCGAGACAAUUCCCGAUACCAUCGGAAAAUUGAUACAUCUGCGAUACCUAUGCCUUGCAUAUACAAAGAUCCAUGAGAUACCAAAAACCGUAGGGCGCCUCGCAAACCUGCAAAUGCUGAUGGUGGAGGGGUGCCAACAAUUGCAUGUACUACCCAAGGCCAUCAUCCGAUUGCAUAACCUACGAUGUCUUGCUCUUACUGGUAGUCCACUGACUCACAUACCCAAAGGAAUAGGGAGAUUGAAGAAUCUUAACAGUAUCAUGGGAUUUGUGGUUGGCUAUGAUGAGUCGAGGAGCAAGCCGGAUGAGGAAUGGUGUGACCUAGAGGAGCUGAAAUCCCUAUCCAAGAUGAGACAUUUAAGCAUUUAUCGGUUGCAGAGGGCAACAAUAAACGGAGUCUCCGUGCUCACAAGCAUGUCCAUGCUUAGGGAACUGACAUUAGGAUGGACGAUGUCCGUAGAUCCGUGCAGCAGCGAAGAUCAGAUCCAAAGAGCGGAGAAGAUAUUCGACCAGCUCUCUCCUCCAUCAAGCCUGCAAAAGCUGUGGAUCAAAGGGUUUCCUGGUCGACGAUUUCCGAGCUGGAUGAUGUCAAAGACGACUCCCACGGGUGAUUCUUUGCCCAACCUGAAAUUCUUAUCUAUUUGGGAUCUUCCAUCAUGGGUGGAGCUCCCUCCAGUGAGCCGAUUCCCCCAGCUCAAAUGGUUUGAUGUUAACCGAGCGAAAGCAAUCAAAACUAUCGGCCCUGAAUUCCUCGGUCUGGGAGACGCAGGAGGAGAACCCACGUGUCGCAAGCUUGAACAUACGAAAUUCGAAGACAUGCCCAACUGGGAAGAAUGGGUGGAGAAGAAGGUCGAUGGUGAUGAUGGCGGACGAGCCCUGAGGCUGAGGCCACUUUCUAAUCUAAAAUCUUGUCGGCUUCAAAACUGUCCCAAGCUGAGAGCUCUUCCGGAUGUCCUACGCCAUGCUCCCAACUUGGAAAGACUCGUCAUCUGGAACAAUCAUUUCAUGAGGGAAAUUGAUGAUCUCCCAUUCUUGGCGGAUAAGCUAAUAGUCGUACAAAUGGAGAUGCUGCAAAGGAUAUCCAACCUCCCAUCGGUGAAGGAGUUGAAUAUUGUUCUCUGCCCACGAUUGGAGUUCGUGGAGAAUCUGAACAUGCUGCAACACCUGCGUCUCGAAUGUCCACCGGAAGCAGAGCAGCUUCCCAUGUGGCUUGCGGACCUGAUCGAGCAACAUCGAACUGCACCUUCCGCUCGCCGGAGCUUCAAAAUAUUUGAGCUCGACUGUGGCUUGCCGCUACUCAGCAGCUGCCUCAAGGGGGAGCCAAAUUGGCACAUCAUUCAACAGAUUCCGGAGGUCAGAAUUCAAACCUAUGACGAGAGGAAUUUCUUAUAUGCAAAGGAUCAUGACAUCUAUGAAACAAAUGUGGGUUCAGAAUGAGCAGAUUCAGCUUCCUCGAUCCUAAGUUUGUGUGCCUCUCUUUCUCCCUUCGGUUGCUUGUAGCUGCUGCAUAUUAUGCCGUGGUCUUCGUACCCACUCUCUCCUUCCUUGCAGGAUCAAUCAAUAAUUUGUGGUGGGCGUUUUAUCAAUAAUUUUUAGGGGAGAGUGAUCGAGUUUGAAUGCUUCCUUCUAUCAUAUUCGGCAGUUGUUAUCUAUGUGCAAUCUUAUUUCAAUUCGAGAACAAUUUUU